AAAACCUCAAAAACUUCUGAACCUAAGAAAGCCGAAGAUAAUUUUUACCAACAGUAGAUUCUUCUUUGCCUUCAAGUAUUUAACAAAUCACGAAAGGAUACCUGUGAACAUCGUGACCAUCGAUAAAUACGUGCAAGGUCAUUACUUUCUCAACAAAAUCAUAAACGAGGUCGACGAUGAGAUCGACCGAUUCUCGUGCACAAAGUUAGCAAACCAGAAACUUGUGCGAUCAUGAUGUAUUCCCCCAGCACUAGCUAUUACGGCAACAUUAAGCUUCCUCAUGUGAUAUUCUCAUAUCCGACGGGCGGCCAGAUGCUCGAAAUGAAAAACAAUACCAUCGGUAUGUGGUACGCACCCUUCUGUUCGUUGCACGGUCCGUUCCUCACCGUGCGCGCUAUACUCAAGCAGGUGACGGUGAUUAAGCCCAAGAAAUUCAAAGAGAAGAACAUGUACAAAACUAUACAAAAGUACAAGGUGAACUGGAUGUUGCUUGAGAGCGAAAUGUGCAACAGGAUGCUCUUCAACGUCGACGUCUCGGUGUACGAUACCUCUUCGUUAAGGGAAAUCGUGUGUGAUUCAGAGAUCAGGUAUCAGGCUUAUGUAAGCCUCAUGAACUUAUUACCACAUGUUGCCAUCAUUAAAGUAUAUAAUAUGGUACAGGCAGGCGUAAUAGCUUGCCAAAAAAACAGCAGCAAAGUCGGAUGUAGCGGUUAUGUAGCGCCAUUGAUGAAAGUUAUAAUUGUCGAUACGAACACCAGGAAGAGAUUGGGUCCAGAAUCACACGGUGAGAUCUGGUGUAAAUAUCCGGACGUGACAUCAAGCGACGGCACAAAAGUUAACAAAGGAAACAUAGAGUUUCCAUAUUUCCCCACCUCUAGGGACUGCAGACGUAUAAUUAAGGGGUGGUAUUGCACCGGAGAUUGGGGCUUUGACAAUGACGGCGCCAUUUACGUCAUCGACAAGCUCAGUCAUCUUAUGUGGAAUAAAAGUCAGCUCAUCUCGUCGACAGAAAUCGAGGCUAAAAUAGAAGAACAUCCGCAUGUGAUAAAGGCCUAUAUACUGAUUAAUCCUAAAGAUAAGUCUUUCAAAUCGGUGCACAUUCUGCCAUCGCCAGAAUUAGAGGAAAAUGAUUUGGUCCAAUAUCUGCAACAAUGUCCGGGCUUACCUCGUGAAAUAAACAAAAAGAAUAUACACUAUUUCGAUAACACGAUACCGCAUUUGCCCAAUGGUAGAGUUGAUAAAAUGGAGCUUGAAUCACAGAAUCUUACAUUGGAUUACUUUAGGUAG